AUGGCAACCUCAAACCUCUCCAGAUUUAUCGAACGGCAGCGCCAGCUACUGUCUGCCGAGCGUCAGGCGGAAAUCGAACGCUCGUCCUUGCUCCUCUCAAACUGUGGCCCGAAGCUGCUCGAACACAAAGGCCUAGCGCUCCUAAAUCUGGGUGUAGCCUCAAUCAACAUUGGACUAGGUGGAAAAACUCUUGUUGAACUGGAGAGACCCUCCGCACAUCAUGCUAGCCCGAUAUUCCCACUUCAUACGCUACGCACGGGCGAUCUCGCGUGUAUCGAGGCUAAUGUUACAUCGACACCAAAAACCAAGGGCGCAAGCAAAAAGCAAGCGUCUACUACCGAAUACAAGGGGAAGGUGGCUGAGGGUGUCGUGUACAAGAUGUCGGAUACGCGAAUCACUGUCGCUGUCGACACGGAUGAAGAGCUUGAUCUCCCCGAUCGCCUGCGGCUGGUCAAGCUGGCAAAUAAUGUUACCUACGAUAGAAUGGACAAAGCUAUCGAUACUUUAGAGAAGAUCACGUCUGACAACCCACCUGACGAUAAAGCAUUCCCGCGCCUCAAUACCAUGCACCACGUUCUUCUCGGACAGGCAUCACCGUCUGCGAAAGUUGCGGUCAACGAUCUCGAGUUCUUGGAUCCGACGCUGAACGACAGCCAAAAGGAUGCCAUUAGAUUCUGCCUCGGCUCCCCCGAAGUCGCUUGCAUCCACGGCCCACCUGGCACGGGAAAAACGCACACCCUAAUAGAGCUCAUAUGGCAGCUAUGCGCUCGCGGCCAGCGCUUGCUCGUAUGCGGUGCCUCCAACCUCGCCGUCGACAAUAUCCUCGAGCGCCUGUUGGCGCUUCCCGCGGACUCCCGCACGUCGCGGUUGAAGGUCACGCGGGUAGGGCAUCCUGCCCGCGUCAUGGCCAACGAGGAUGUGCUCGAUGCAACACUCGAAGUUCAGGCAGGUCGCACGGAUGCGGCUGCGCUCGCGAAGGACGUCAAAGCUGAGCUUGAGGCGGCUUUAGGCGUACUAUCGGGGAAGGGGAAGGGUGCAAAGGGAAAGGCUCCGCGAGGACUUGAGCGCAAGAAGAUGUGGGACGAGGUCAAGGCUCUGCGGAAAGAGUAUCGCCAGCGCGAAGGAGGCGUGGUCAAGUCCGUUCUAUCAGAGGCUCAGGUCGUUCUCGCUACCUGCCACACAGCAGGGAAUCGUCAACUUCGGUCUCUGGACUUCGACACCGUUAUUAUCGACGAAGCGACCCAGGCCGUCGAAGCCGUCUGCUGGGUGCCUAUCUUCAAGGCGAAGAAGCUUGUGUUGGCGGGCGAUCCAAUGCAGCUGCCGCCGACCAUCCUCUCGAUCGAUAAGAAGGGCAAGGACAAGAAGCAACGGACUCGUACACCCAUUCUUCGGCCGCCGCGCACGCUGGAGACAACCCUUUUCGACCGGCUCGAGAGAAUGCAUGGCCCGAGCAUUAAACGUAUGCUCAAAGUACAGUACAGAAUGCACGAAGACAUCUGCGCCUUUCCUUCCAAGGCACUUUAUGGCGGCAAACUCCAGCCCGACCCCUCCGUCGCGAAGCGCCUCCUUCGCGACCUGCCGUCCGUUCAGAUUGCACGCGAGUCUGCUGGUAUAGGAGAGGAUGAGGACGAUCCGCUCGCCUCACCCGUCGUCUUCUUCGAUACGGCGGGGUGCGAGUACUACGAGCGCCUGGAAGGGGAUAACGACGAGGGGAGCCGCUGCAACGAGAAUGAGGCAACGAUCGUCAAGGGCUGGGUCGGCGAGCUCACACAAGCCGGUGUCCUGCCAUCGCAGAUAGCGGUCAUCACGCCGUACCAGGCGCAACUCGGCUUGCUCACGUCGCUGCUUCGGCCACUUCAUGGGCCCGAUCUCGAAAUCGGGACUGUCGACGGCAUGCAGGGGCGCGAGAAGGAGGCAGUCAUCAUAAGCAUGGUGCGGAGCAACGACAAGCGCGAAGUUGGCUUCCUCAAAGAAAAGCGGCGUAUGAACGUCGCCAUGACCCGAGCCAAGCGGCAGCUUUGCGUCGUCGGCGACUCCGGGACGGUGGCAUACGGCGGCACGUACCUCAAAGAAUGGUUGGCGUGGCUGGAGGCCCACGCUGACGUGCGAUACGGUGGCUUGGACUGA